UGACGUCAGGCGCUACUUUCCCUACAGUCCUCCAGCCAGCGGAGUGGAGGGGUCGAAGAGGGAAGUAGAAGUCUAGAAAACACAUUUCAGCUCUCAGACGGCUCCGUCCAAAUAAAAACAUCACCAUGACCGAAGAAAACAUCUUUCUUUUUGUCCCGAAUCUGAUAGGAUAUGCACGUAUUGUACUGGCUCUGCUAUCCUUCUACUUGAUGCCCUGCUGCCCAGGUCCAGCAGUAUUCUGUUAUCUACUGAGUGCGCUGUUGGAUGCCUUUGAUGGACACGCAGCCCGUGCUCUCAAUCAAGGUACGAAGUUUGGUGCCAUGCUGGACAUGUUGACAGAUCGUUGUGCUACCAUGUGUUUGUUGGUGAAUCUGGCACUGUUGUACCCGUCCUACACUUUCCUGUUUCAGCUCAGCAUGUGUCUGGAUGUGGCCAGCCACUGGCUGCACCUGCACAGUUCCAUGAUGAAGGGAGCCACCAGUCACAAAGCCAUUGACCUCUCUGGCAACCCCAUCCUAAGGCUGUACUACACAUCCAGGCCUGUGCUGUUUUUCAUGUGUAUGGGGAAUGAGCUGUUCUUCUGUCUGCUGUAUAUAAUGUACUACAUUGAGGAACCCCAGGUGUGGCUGCAAUGGCUGCUGGCAGUGUGCGGUAUAGUCUGUCUGCUGAAGUCUGGCAUAAGUCUCCUGCACCUCAUCACAGCCUCCCGCAAUAUGGCUGCCAUCGAUGUGGCUGACCGUGAGAGUGUGAAAAGCAAAGCACAAUGAGAGAGAGAGAGAGAGAGAGAGAGAGAGAGAGAGAGAGAGAGAAAGAGAAAGUGAG